AUUACGCCCCGCCCCUUUCCAAAUCAUUCACCAACAUCAACAAGGAAACGCGUGUCUACUCAGUUCAAACUAAAAUUCCUCAAAGGACUCGGGACUCAUUUUAGUUGCUCGUCGACACUUCAUUUUUGUUGUGGGACACGCGCGUGCACCACUGAAGAACCCCCCCCGCUGCACCCGGCCCUUCAGCUGCAGCGCUGUGAAACUACAACACGUGGACUCAUUCGGUUACGAACCGGCAUUUCUACAACUCCUGUCAGCGCUCAACGCGGCCAGCAGCUCAGAUUAUGGAAUACCUGCCGGAGGAAAACUCCAGAUACAAAGACAUUGACUAUUGGGAUGAAAGGUACAAGACGGAGCAGUGUUACGACUGGCUGGGCAGCUUCUCCAAAUUCCAGCAUAUUCUGGAAAAACACGUCCUGAAAGAAGACUCCAUUCUCAUACUUGGUUGUGGAAACAGCAGUAUGAGCGGGGACAUGUACAACGCCGGCUACCACGGCAUCACCAACAUAGACUACUCCUCCGUGUGCAUCGGUACGAUGAGCGACAGGUACAGCGACUGCGUGGGGAUGACCUGGCAUCAGAUGGACGUGCGCCGUCUCUCCUUCCCCGACGCGUCCUUUGACGUCAUCAUAGAGAAGGCCACGCUGGAUGCCAUCAUGGUGGAGGAGAAGACUCCUUGGGAGGUGUCUCCCCAAGCUGAUGGUUUCAUUCACCAAGCACUCACAGAGGUUGGACGCUGCUUGAAGCCCGGAGGACGGUUUGUCUCUGUAACCUUCGCCUCCCCCCUCUUCAGGAAACGGCUCUAUGCUCGCGCAGAGUACAACUGGUCGAUCCAGAAGUACGGCUACGGAGAAGGCUUUGAAUAUUUUGUGUACGUAAUGACCAAAGGAGAGGCGCUGAGCCCAGAAGAUGCGGCGGUGGAGAAAAAGCUACUGGAGGACGCCGAGUCGCCACCGACCACCAACGUCACGAUGCAACUUGAAGAUGAGGAAGACUUCCUGUUUAAUAUUGAAUCUUAGCAAUUCUGUGACACUCAAACUUCUCCACCGUCCAAAAUACAACAGGAACAGACAUUUUUACUUUACAGGUAUGUCGUUAUGUAAGAAGUUGGGGUUGAUGUUGGCCAUAUGUGUUCGUUUAGACAUCCAUAAGGAAGGAUUUUAGUGUAUUUUUUUAUGCAAAAUUUAAACUAUGCACCAUGAGGCACAACUCGACACAAAUAAACUACGUUAUAUAUCAUUUUCUCACAAGUUAGCGAAUAGUGGCCAAAUUUCUAUUCAAAUCCAGGUGGUUAAUGCACCAUCAACAUUUGCAGUUGUUACACAUCCAAAGAAGAAUCAUAAGAAAUAACCUUGUUUUAUUCAUUCAGACAGCAUUAACAACAUUUACAUGUAGAGGAGAAAACAUGUUUGUCUAAACAUGGAUGAAACAAAAUGGCAGGGCCAAAUAAAAGGAUUUGGCUGAUGAAAACGUACCCUAAAUGAUGACUGCUUGUUGUACAAAAAGUUUCUCCCAACAUUUAUAAAAAAAGUGAAAUGAUAUGUAAUGAUAUUUUAAUGUUACAGAUCACAAUCAAUACGCCUCUUACAUAAUGUCAACGUGGAGCCAAUUAAGAUCUUCUCUUAGAGAGCAGAGCGUCCCUGUGCUCCCAACUAAAACAUUAUUUUUCAAAUGUUUUUAAUGAUUAUGUUGUUUAUUCAGUCAGUUUUUGAUUCACUUUGGAGUCAUUUAAAGAAAUGUUUAACCAUGAAUCAUCAUGUCUCUGUAUGUUCUCCGUUGCUGCUUCUGUUAUUAUAGAAACUUUUUUCUUUUAAAAAACAAUGGCCAGUGUUCCUCUUUCUUCUGCUCAUACGCCACAGAUAUUCACCGCUCUCGGCUUUCAUGGUGCGGCACAUGUCUGAUCAUGUUGCGAGUCUAGACACAGUAAAUAACGGCAGGACUGACCUGCGUGUGCAGUCGGUGUUAAAUUCCAUUUAUAUGUCAGUCGAAUUCUACCUUCCUGUGUUUUGGGUCUGCAUCUGAUUCCAAAGUGUUCUAAAGAAGCCAGAUGAGACGAGCAGCAGCCCGGCCUGAGUGUUAUUGGUUGAGGAAACAUGAGACUUGCUCGGGUCUUGUGCUUUCUGCUGCUUAAAUUUAGACCCUGAAAGAGGGAGCCAGGCAUGCAGACAGGCAGAAAGGCUGGUGACUGGAGGGGGGGAACCGCGUUGAUAAAGUAGAAAUCAUUUAUUUUUAAUUCUCCACUGAGAUCUAAUUACUGCCUAUUUUUAAGACUUGGGAAAAAAGGUGCGUGAUUUUUCAGAAGGCUCUUCUUUCUUUCCAUGAGUUGUUGCUAAACUGUAACUGCAGUUUGACGAAACGCAGGUAAUAGUCAGGGACGACGUUCUAGAUGCUCUUGAUCACAUUCCGCCAUCUUCCUCAGAAGGAAAAGUUACCCCAGUUGCCAUUUUAGUAACUGUUGACCAAACGCCUCCUCAGUUACUGUUGCUGCGCUCACGAGGCGUGUGUUAUCACGUGGCACAUAUGGGUUUAGCGGUGAGAUUGUUUUUAUCAAGUAUAGUGAAGAAUGCAUUUUAAGUCUAAAUCUGUUCUGCAAUCACACGAAUAUCAACAUUUUUCAGUUGUUGUAAUCUUUGUGUCUUUUAUACUAUAAGAAGAUUUCAAACUAACCACUGUGAUUGGAUGUUUAGUUGUUGACCGCGCUCACAAAUACACACUGUUUCACACAGCGGCCUCAACCGCUCCGUAUCGACCCGAAACUCCUCCCCCCGGACACUUGCACGCUCUAUUAUCUGGUUCCCAUGGUGACAUUUGUGUCCAACGUAAGGGUGCUGCUCAGCUGCUUUGCAGCACGGGGACAUAAAACAUAUACAGAUGGAUUCAGCUCUCAGUGGGAUUGGAUGAAGGAUGCACGCCCCCCCCC